AUGAAGAAUGGCGGUGGUGUAAGACAAUUCGCAAAAUGUCUCUUGGGACAACAUUGGAAUAGGAGAAUAUUGGUGAGCUCUUCUCAUAAAUUUCUGAAAGCUUCUCUAUAAAUGACUAAGAGCCCAUAAAUUUUUUUUAGAAAAAAAAAUUUAGUUUUUUUCUGGGGAAAGUGCGUUUAAUUAACUUUUUUUCCACAAAAAAAUUGAGUGGAAUAGAAUUUUAAUUAGGUUAGUUAGUUCCAUUUUAAUGGAACUUUUUUUUGAUCAACAGAAAAAAAUCGAAGGUCAAAUUAAUCUGUCAAGAAUAAAUCUCGAAUUUUUUUAUGAUGUCAUUUUUUUUAUUUCACAGAAUGAUCAAAGACCUUGAGAAUCUUAAUUGAUUUGGUGCGAAAAAAAACUGUUCUGUGAUUAGAAAAAAAAAUGUGACCAGUAAUUUUUUUGUAUUUAGUGAAAAGUAUUGAUUUAUGGAAAAAAUAUUUGUUAUUUAGAAAAUAUAAAUAUGUUCAGAGUCAAUUUAGUAAAAAAAAAACAUCUUUAAAGCUUUUCCACGUGGCUAAAUUUUGGAGCUGAAAAUCCACGUGGCACAAGCUCAGCUCAAAAUUUUUAACAAAAAAAUUGUGCUACGUGGAUUUUCAGCUCGAAUUAUGGCCACGUGGAUUUUUUUACAGCUUUUUUUUCCGCUGAAAAAUCCACGUGGCAGAAUUUCAAUCUGAAAAUUCUCGGGUUUUCAGCUAAAAAUAGUGCUACGUGGAUUUUCAGCUCGAAAACGUGCGUUUUUUUCAAGCUGAAAAUCCAUGUGAAAAAUCUGCACCUAAAAAUCCACGUGGCGAAAUUUUGGAGCUCAAAAUCCAGGUUGCUUUUUUUGAGCAGAAAAUCCACGUGGCAAAAUUUUAUUGUUGGAAAUCCACGUGGAAAAAUCUUCAGAAGAAAAUCCACGUGGCGAAAUUCUCAAGCUGAAACUCCAGGUUGCAUUUUUAGCUGGAAAUACACGUGGCAAAUUUCAGGAGCUGAAAAUCCACGUGUCACAAAUUUUUGGAGCUGAAAAUCCACGUGGCAAAAAUUUUGAGCUGGAAAUCCACGUGAAGAAACUUAGAGCUAAAAAUCCUCGAAAAUUUCAGGAGGAUUUUCACCUCGAAAAUACUCCUGGAAUUUCUUUCGCUGAAAAUCCACGUGUCACAAAUUUUGAGCUGAAAAUCCACGUGGCGAAAUUCUCCAUUUGAAAAAACUUUUAGCCAAGAUUUCACAAAAUUUUGAGCUCAAAAACAUCGCCUGAAAAGGCUCCCAGUAAUAUUUACACCCCAAAAUCCACCAAAUUAUUUUUUAUUUCCAGUAUGUCUCAACCGCCGCUUCUUCCUCAUCUCCUCCACCUUCUCCUCCACCAUCUUCCGAUGUUCCCCUAAACAUCCGCUUCGAAUACGGCCUUCCACUUCUAGACGUCCCCCUACCAUCAAGAAAUGAGCCUUGUCAAUUCACAAUGCGACCAUUGAGUGAUAAUGUCGGAAAUCUGUGCGAAUUUUUGCGGCAAGAAGAUCGUGGAAUUGAUUAUGUGGCUGUUUAUGGGAAUAGUGAGUUGGAAUUUUUUUUUUUUUGGUUUUUCAAGAGCUCAAAAAACUUCAGAUGGCACAAAAUUGGCGACUUCAACUUCAAUCGAACAUCUUUUGCAAUUCGGAACUUUCAGAUUGCGAUUGAAUGACAAAUAUUUUACGGUUAAUGUUCCAGAGACAGCUGGAACUAGAUUUGAUAGUGAUAAGUUAGUUUUUUCGGCCGAGAGAGAUGCCACGUCAUAACUAAUUGCAGACUUCGACAAUUAGAUGAUCUUCGAGCCACAGUUGCCUCAUUACACGCUGCACUUUGCGUCGAUGAGUACAAGCUAGCCAGAGAGCGAAAUCUGCUGCAAAAACUCGAGAAUGCUGAAAGUUUGCUGAAACCGCUGGAAAUCGAAAAAGUGCGCAUCGAAAAAGAGUGCGAAGAGCACACGGAUCGUGUAAUGUGGGCGGGUUUUGCGGCAUGUGGAGUGCAAACGGGAUUGUUCGCGAGACUCACGUGGUGGGAAUACUCUUGGGAUAUUAUGGAACCUGUCACUUAUUUUGCAACUUAUUCGACGGUUAUUGCCACUUUUGGAUAUUAUUUGUAUACGAAACAGGUUGGUCUGGAUUUUCUGUAAAGAAAUUUGUGAUUUUUUGCUCAAGAGCACCAAAAUUGAGCCAAAAAUCGAGAAUUUUUCGAAAAUUUCGUGGUUUUUUGUCAGUUAUUGGAACACCCUGUAACAAAAUUGAGAAAAAUAUUUGAUAAUAAAUUAUAUCAAAAUUUUAAAACGUAUUUUUUUUAUGUUUUUGAAAAAUCAGUCAAAAUUUUACUAAAAUUGCUGGAAAUGUGAAUUUGGGCUGAAAAAAAGAGCUCGUUUUCUGUUUUUGCUACGCGAAUCUCAGAAAAAGAGCACAAUAAUGGGCCAAAAAUAUAGAAUUUUUGAAAAUUAAAAUCGUUUUUUUUUUGAGAGCCUAUUACUCAUGUUAGAGAUUUUUUUUGUCGAAAAUUGAGUACAGGGCGAUGUUCAAAGAAAAAAAGUUCUGACAAAAUUUAGCCUAUAUCUUGAGCAACACAGUCUUUGCUAGAAAAAUUAUCGAUUUUCUGAGCCAAUUUUUUUCAGUUUUCGAUAAAAUCUUCUCUAACAUUGGUCAUGGGCUCUCAACAACACUAAUUUUCAAAAAUUCUUAAAUUUUGGCUUAUUAUUGUGCUCUUUAGAGAGUCGCGUAGCAAAAACUGAAAGCGGGUUCUUUUUUUCAGCCCCAAUUCUCAUUUUCAGCAAUUUUAGUCAAAUUUUGACUGAUUUUUCAAAACCAAAAAAAAUACGUUUCAAAAUUUUUAUAUAAUUUAUUAUCAAAUAUUUUUUUCAAUUCAUAUUUACAGGGUUUUCCAAUAACUGACAAUUUACAAAGCUGAAUUUUCAAAAAUUCUCGAUUUUUGGCUCAUUUUUGUGCUCGCAGACAGCCGUGCAGCAAAAUCUUACUAAUUCAAAAAUUCUCACAAGAUUUCCUAGAGCUCAAAUUUCCAAACUACAAAAAUUUGUAGUUCGAUUACUGUACCCCACUCCAAAAAUACCCAAAAACAAAUUGCAGAACUUUGAAUAUCCGAUCGCUCGCGAACGCGUCUACACCAAACAAUUCUACCGUCGUGCUCUCAAAUCCGGCUUCGACAUCGAAAAAUACAACAACUUGGUUCAAGAAGUCGACGAACUUCGAAAUCAACUCAAACGAUUAAGAGAUCCUCUUUUUCAGCAUUUACCAGUCAGCUAUUUAUCGCAUUUAGAACAAAAAUAA